AUGGAGAAGGAGAACAAAGUCUAUGACACCAGUGCACACAGCUGGCGGUUUACAGAGUCAGCACCCUUGCCGACAGGUAAAUGGAGAUUUCCCAAGCCUGUACUAGAUGAAAAGGCAAAGGAAGAGAAGGCACGGUUAAGCAGGGAGGAGAAACAACUACUCCAUGAAAAACUGCAGCGGCGUCAACGGGUCGAAGAGGAAUUACAGCGGCGAAUGAAGCAGUUCCCCCCAGGGAAGGCACCGCCUGAUAAGCAGCUGCGGAAGGAGGUGAUCAGAGAGGAUCGUUUGGCCAGGGCUGAGGAGAGGCAUGUCAAGAAUGUCCAGAUGGCUUUGCACGUCCUCAACAAGAGAUAUCCAGACAGAAAGUAUGAGCUUGGAGAGAUCACUGAGAAGUGCACCAUCUUUGAAUAUGGAUCAGCCUACUGUCACUACAACUUUACUGCUUGUUCUCCAACUAGUGAUGACCUGUUCUGUUUUGCGGAAGUGGAUGCCAAUCUUGAGAACGAGAACGAUGUUUACCAGUGCUGCACAAUUGGGUCUGGUCCAGAUGGUUAUUGCAUGGGCUGUCAGAAUCAACGAGUUGCGGUUACUCAUCCAAGUAGAGACAUGUUCAUUGGUGGGCAGGAGAGCUUUGGUGGGUUCGAGACCGACAGCAAGAGUGAUCCAGACUACUGA